CAGCCUUUAUUGCAGGUGUGUAAACUCCAUGAAUCUUUUCUGUAUUAAAUGGGCAAUACUGCAGAAAAGAAAUAGGGAAGAGAUGGGAUAUGCAGAAUGGAAAGGGAAAAGGGAAAGUUCAUUCAUUUGCUCUCUUUUCUAGUCUGGUAAGAGACACCAAUGAGGAACUCCUGAAAUUUUAACCUCCACAUUCAUGUCAGUACGUGCAUCAUGGCACAGCAAGGAAAUGUUGGUGAGCUCCUCUCAAUGCUGGAUUCUCCAAUUCUGGGUGUCCUGGAAGAUAUAACAGCUGCCUUCAAAGAUAAUCUCAUUUGUGAAUAUAUGUGUGUGUUUUUCUUGUUGUAAACAAAUGACAGACCGUGGACCUAUGCUUGUGAACAGCCUGGUGGACUACUACUUGGAAACCAGUUCUCAGCAGGCACUGCAUAUAUUGUCCACCCUGCAAGAGCCUCAUGACAAGCAUCUGCUGGAUAAAAUUAAUGAAUAUAUGGGCAAAGCUGCUACCCGUUUACCCACUCUCUCUCUGCUGGGACACGUGAUAAGACGACAACCAUCUUGGAAACAUAAACUUUCUCAAGCACCUCUCCUACUGUCAUUACUUAAAUGUCUCAAGACUGACACAGAUGUAGUAGUACUCACCACAGGUGUCCUAGUGCUAAUAACCAUGUUGCCAAUGAUUCCUCAGUCUGGCAAACAGUACCUUCAUGAUUUCUUUGGUAUCUUUGGGCGUCUCUCAGCCUGGUGCUUGCAGAAUCCAGGUCAUGUGGCAGAGAUUUAUCUUGUCCAUCUUCAUGCCAGUGUUUAUGCUCUCUUUCAUCGUCUUUAUGGAAUGUAUCCUUGCAAUUUUGUCUCCUUUCUGCGUUCUCACUACAGUAUGAAGGAAAACUUGGAGACCUUUGAAGAGGUAGUCAAGCCAAUGAUGGAACAUGUGCGAAUUCAUCCAGAAUUAGUGACUGGAUCUAAGGACCAUGAACUGGACCCACGAAGGUGGAAAAGACUAGAAACUCAUGAUGUUGUGAUAGAAUGUGCCAAAAUCUCCCUGGACCCUGCAGAAGCCUCAUAUGAAGAUGGCUAUUACUCUGUGUCUCGGAAGCUCUGCACAAGUUUAAAACAUCAUCAAACUGACCCCAGUGCCAGCUAUUAUAUUGACACACAGAGCAGCUAUGGGACUUCUACCCCAUAUUCUACUCCUCGGCUAACACUAUCACAAAUGCCAGGGCAGCUACCUCAGAUCCUGAGCUCUCAGUCAAUACGGCUGUCAACUGAGCCACAGCAGGUUACCAUCUGGAGUCCUUCUGCAGUUUGUGGUAUGACCACUCCACCAACUUCCCCUGGAGUUGUCCCAUCAGACUCAUCCCAGUCUGUAUCACAACCUUACAGCAAAGCAUUUGGCACACCUGCAGGGGGGAAAGGAACACCUUUGGGAACGCCAGCCACAUCUCCUCCUCCACCCUGCACUUCAGAUGACUUUGUGCAUGUUUCACUCCCUUCAGCUGCUGCCACGCCUCCUAAAAAGGAGGACAAACCAGAUUCUGGGAGGCCUUUACUGUACCGACAGCAAAAUGUCAUAAACAGCGAGAAAUCACUGGACACAUCUGGUAGUAAAAGUUCAGUAACCUUAAGUGAUCUUGCAGAGUUUUUAGGUGGUUUGUCUUUUGAAGAUAGUGCUGAAAAGGAUAGAGAGGAAGAUGCAAUAUCUAAAGAGAUCUCCGAGAUCACAACUGACGCUGAGCACAUGGUGCCUAGAGGAGGAUUUGACUCUCCGUUUUACCGCACAAAUGAAAGUCUGUCAGGCUCUCAGAAGAAGACCCAUUCAGUAGUCUCUAGUGUUCAGGGAAACAGUCAGACCUCUGAGCCUUUAACAUCUUCUCUGGACAAGUCUGGGCCUGAGAGUGCACGGGAAACACCCAAACAAACAUUUACUCCCAUAGACAAGCCCUGUGGAGGCUCUGAUGAAAGCCCUGCUGGUAACAGGGAAGGAACCUCUGGGGAGACCAGUAUCCUCACUCCCAGCCCUUACAAAGUACCAGCACAAAGAAGAGCGGUGUUUCGGAGUGGGCAGCCUCCCCUGUAUGAGCACCUUUUUGAGGUUGCAUUACCAAAGACUGCCUACCUCUUUGUUGGCAAGAAGACUGAGGAGCUGCUAAAGAAAGCCAAGGGAACCCAGGAUGAUGACUGUAUGUCCUCUACUUCUCCUGUGGAAGUUCUGGACAGACUGAUACAGCAAGGAGCAGAUGCACACACUAAGGAGCUGAACAAACUGUCUCUGCCAAGCAAAUCUGCUGACUGGACUCACUUUGGAGGUUCUCCCCCUUCGGAUGAGAUUCACACGCUGCGUAACCAAUUGCUUCUGCUGCACAACCAGUUACUGUAUGAACGCUUCAAAAGACAGCAACAUGCCCUUCGGAACCGUCGGCUCCUGCGAAAAGUGAUUAAAGCAACAGCUCUGGAGGAACGCAAUGCUGCCAUGAAGGAUCAGCUGAAACUACAGGAGAAAGAAAUCCAGGCCUUGAAACUCAGUCUGCAGAAGGAACAGGCAAGGUACCACCAGUUUCAGGAGGAACAUGAAAAUAUAGUGUCUCAGCUUCACAGCCAGAUCAGACAGCUGCAACAUGACCGGGAGGAAUUCUACAACCAGAGCCAGGAAUUGCAGACCAAGCUGGAAGACUGCCGAAAUAUGAUUGCGGAUCUGAGGUUAGAACUAAAGAAGGCUAACAACAAGGUGUGUCACACUGAACUGCUGCUUAGCCAAGUUUCUCAAAAGCUUUCCAACAGUGAAUCAGUGCAACAGCAGAUGGAGUUCUUGAACAGGCAACUUCUGGUUCUUGGAGAGGUCAAUGAGUUGUACCUGGAGCAGCUGCAGCACAAGCACACAGACACUACAAAGGAGGUUGAAAUGCUGCAUGCUGCUUUUCGGAAAGAACUGGAGAAAGCAAAAUUGUGUGUUCAACAGCAAAGCCAAAGGCUUGAUGCUUCCCAGAAACGGAUAGCUGAACUGGAAUCUCAGCUUGCUAAAAAGGACCACCUCUUCCUGGAGCAAAAGAAAUACCUGGAAGAUGUUAAAAUUCAAGCAAGAGGUCAGCUGCAAGCAGUAGAAAGUAGGUACAAGGCCCAAAAAAGAAUCACUCAGGCAUUUGAGCUGGAGAUUUUGGAUCUGUUUGGCCGUCUGGAGAAGAGCAGCCUCCUGAAAAAACUUGAAGAUGAUAAAACAGAAGCAGCUGAAGCAGCAGAAGAAAGGCUGGAUUGUGGUAAUGAAGAUACCGUGGCAGGAUACAGUGAAGAAAUGAUUGGUAGAAAUGGAGAGACCAAACCUCCCAGCACUCGAGGUAGUAGUAGCAGUAAGGGUGGCAGUAGUGGUGAGCUCUCCACCCCAGAAAAACCCCAGAACCAGAGAUUCAGCAAUCGCUGGGAGACAUCCAUGUUGCUGGAGCCCUCAUCUACUGUCCCACUGACUGUAGGUUCACUCCCCAGCUCCAAGAGCUUCCUUGGAAUGAAGGCACGAGAAUUAUUUCGCAACAAGAGUGAGAGCCAGUGUGAUGAGGAGGGUGUAACCAUCAACAGGCUUUCUGAUGCGCUAAAGACUGAACUAUGUAAAGAUCCAAGUAUGGAGACAAAGGCCCCUCCAAGCCCUGACAACCUUAGCCUCUCGCCUAAGAUCCAGGAAAGCAGUGUUGGACAGCUUCAUAUCAUGGACUACAAUGAAACUCAUCAUGACCACAGUUAAAAAGGAAGAUAGUCAAUCAGUGUUAUUUUCAUAUUCUUGGCAUAGAACAGGAGGCGUGAAUGCAAGUUUAACUAAAAGCUUUUAUGUUUCUUUGGUCUGAGCAGCUAGCUCAUGCAGCGGAAUAGGAUUGAUGUCCAGAAACAGAAGAAGGCUGCUGAAUGAAUGCAAAGUGGAUUUUUGGGUCUGGAAUUGAAUCGCCCAGCCUAACUCCUGCUUCUUUCUCAAAUUCAGUCCUUAGCAGUGUGUACUAAUUUGAAGGGACAACUGUUAGCAAUUGCAAGUAUUUUUUCCCUUUUUCCCUGUCCCCAGUUGAGUGGCUGCGUUUAUGAACUCGAGUGCAAUAUGAGGCCAAAUUAACAUUUGUGAGUCUACUAUGAAUGCUUUGUAUUUCCUUGCAAGCUUCCAAUUUAGAGCAGUUAAUUGUGCUGGCUGUCCAGGUGACUCCAGUUGCUUUCAUCCUGGAAAGAAGCAGCACUAGAAUUUCUAGUGCAUUCAUCUAAAGGUCUCUAUUUUGCCUGUCACUGUCCCAUGUCCCUCAGAGCCCAGACUUCAUUAAGUUGGACUCUGGUUGAAUAUCUAAAUGUUUAAAGAACAGUGUACCUCUGCAAAAUGAUUCAUUCACCCUAAUUCAUGAUCAUUGUUUAUAUUGUCCUUAACAUUUCCUGGAAAGUUACAUUUGAACAGACACUUAAUGAGGAACUGGAGCUUGUAAUGCAGAAGAGACCACAUGCUGGAUACUUGGUAAAACACUAGCUUCUGAUCUUCUUGGUAUUUUAAGUGUUUGCCUGACAUAGUGGUACUGACCUCAGACUGGUUCAUAUGGGAGAGUGGCUGGGGUGGGAGAAGAGGGAAGAUGAAGCUUCACUAGAGUAGGGAGAGCAUGCAGAACAGAUACGUAGGAUUGCAAACUUAUGAAGAUUUGCAGAGGAGCAUUUGUUUCUCUAAUUGGGGGAAUGCUUGUGCUGCCUGACUCUCCUUUGUAAUUCUGUUCUUUGUUCCUGGUCUGAGCCAGGCCACUGUAUUUUGAGUCCAAGAAAUUGGCUUCGUUCUUCCUGGGAAUAUGUUUUCAGACUUGACUUGGAGAAUAUGGUUUCCUUUGAGUGCUGUUGUGUUCAGACUGCAGCACAUUGUUCAGCUCAGCAGUGUCAGUUUGGGUCUAGGUAUCUCCCCUUUGCCCUCAUCCUGUUUCCUUAGAGGACAAGGCCGAGGAGGAAGCCUGCUCAUACUGUGGAUCAGAAUUCUGUGUGAAGCCUUCCUGCGCUAAUCAUAUUUUUUAAGUCAGUGAUGAGCCUUCUGUGAAGGAGGAUUGUGGGAUCAGGGCUUGUCAGUGGUCAGACUCAAUCUCCUUCGUGGCAGAGCAGAGCCUGCUGUUAGGAAGGCAGUGUGCUUGUUUUAAAUGUUAGAUAUGUCUGGGUCCAGGCGUACUUAGACAUAUCAGGCUUCACAGUUACCCUGCAUCACACAUGGCCUCUUUUCUUAAAUGUUCUGUGGGUGGCAGCUGCUGUUUGAAAACUGUCUCACAUAUAAAUCAAGUCCAAGUACACUUGCACUUGUAGUUCAAAUCCCUUCUUAACCUGAAUAGGAACAAGACUUCAAGAGCAGCUGGCAAUAUGCUAACUUGUUCCUGACAGUACUUCUCCUCACCUUUCUGCUUCUUCCAUAACACCUAGGGUCUAAAUACAUUUCUGCCUGUCUAAAUUAUUCUCAGUGUCCUUUCGGUUGGUCAGUCCUAACUCUGAAAGUAAAGGUGAACUUCGGUGGUUUUGUCCAAGCUUGAAUCUGCAUGGAAUAGAAAAUAGAGAGUUGGUUGUAAGUGACAGACUGGUUUUGUCGACAUGUUUAUAGGCUUUCUAAGACUUAGUGGUAGCAAACGUGGUAGCAUAUGUUUUGGUCAGAUUUGAAGGUUUCUUGCCCCUUACCCCAGCGGGUGCCAGCCCCAGGAGUGAACGGUUUGCACACUGACCUUGAAGGGGGCUCGGGCACUGGAUGCUGUUUUGUUGGAGGGGUUCAUUGACCCAUCCUUGUGUUUUGCUGAGCCCAGGAGAGUGUCUUGCAGGAUGAGGUCACUUGCUGUGCAGAGAGGCGGUCUUUGUUGUCGGUUACAGAAGUGCCCUGGCGGUAAUGCAAGCUCAGUGAUAAGGUGACUUUUUUCUUCUUUUAAAAAGGAUUUUAGCACCGGGAUAGUAGUGGAAACCACUUUAGGUUUGUUUAUGGACCACAAAGAUUAUGGAGGAACAAAUUUUGCAUUUACUUUUUUUUUUUCUAAGUCUAAAAAUCAUGGAUCUGCUGUAUGUAGUUAACUUGCAGUUUGUUUGAAGGGGUCCCAUCAGUGAAGUGGAAACAGAUUUUUUUAACUGACUGCUUUUAGUUAAAUCUAAAAUUGCUGUCUUUGUCAAGUUAAUCUGUUCCCUGCCUCGCUCUUUGUAAGCAUGUUAAACAAUCCACAUUAAAUGCCAUAAAUAUGAAAUACGAGGAAAUGGUACAAUCGUAAGCUAAAGAGAACUUAAACCAAAAGGAGGUUUUGCUGUCCUUAUUAGAAUGUUCUAAAAUGUCAAGGCAGUUGCUUGUGUUUAACUGUGAACAAAUAAAAUGUAUUGUUUUGCACUA